CUGUGUACUAACAAUCAGAUUAUUGUGCGAUCCAGGGGUGGACUGACAGCUCAUGGGGCCUUCGGGCAAUAGGGGAUCAUGGGGCCCCUGUGUCCUUGCCCAAACUCAAAAAAAAAGCCUAUGAAAAAAGUACCAGGGGCAUCUCAUGGGGCCCCGUACUGACCCUGGGCCCUCGGGCAAUGCCCGAGUUUCCAAAAUGGUCAGUCUGCCCCUGGAGCAUAUCCACCGCAAGGCAAACAAGGCGUUUGCCUAG